AUGCACUUCAAAUCGUUAGCCAUGGUCUUUAUUUCGCAUCUCCUUGCGAUGGUGCUAUGUCUGAUAUCUCAAUUCGCACAAGCAUAUAUCGUCCGGAGACCACAGUGGGCGCUUCCCGCCGAGGAAACCGACAGUCUAGUUCGGCAAAUUCAUCCACAUCCUCUUCAGCCUUCGACACCCAAGAGCUGGACAUCAGAGACCGACGACGCUUCUUCGAACGGUAACGGCCACGAGAGUUACGACGAGCCAGUAAUCGCGCCCGUAGCUGAAUACCAACUACUGUCCGAUCUCACGAUUGUCAUGGGUCAGGCUGGCGAUGAGUGGGCAGCAGACUUUGCGGCCAUCUAUGAUGCAAUUGCAGACCUGCUGGAAGAAGUAUCCACGGAUGCAAGGAAGAUCGACCAAGUUCACGCCUUGACACUAUCUACCCCGAUGUCUGCGGAUGGCUGGCAACGCCUGUACACGACUUGUACAUUGGAGCGUGAAUGCGAGGUGAUUGAACGAUUGGACCGUCUCCACGAGUCUGACAUCCCGAGGAGGAGCAGGACGGGUUUUCAAACACAUGGAGGUGGGAUAUGUGCUGGUGGACCCCUGAUGCUUCAAUACUCCAUCAGCACGCGCAAAGCGGCGGGCUUGACGUGGUUACGGAUGCUCGAAGAGCCCAUAUAUGGUGCCACGGGGGUUGCUAUUGGCCUUGUACAUUCCUCACUUGGGGAGGUGACGGCGAUUAUCGAGUGUUGA